UAAUUGUGUUUAACCAUUAAUUCUGGGACUCGGAUGUGACAAAGACAGAUGCCAGUCCCCAGUGAAAACAGAAAGAUGGAAUUCGGAGACCUCUUGAAGGCGAUCGGGGAAUUCGGGAGGUUCCAGAAGUUACUGGUGUUCCUCCUCUGCAUUCCCAAUUUCCUCACUCCCUUUCACAUGUUUGGCCAAGUGUUCAUUGUCACCGAAGUGCCUCACCAUUGCAACACGAGCUGGAUCAGCAAACUCGACUUGAACUUAACCCAAGAGCAGAAGGUGAACUUGACAAUCCCGAGGAAACCCGACGGAUCUCUUGACGCCUGCCACAUGUUUUCUCCCGUUCAAGCGAAUCAGUCGAUUCAGUUCAAUUCCACAGAAAAAUGCCGAGACGGCUGGGUGUAUCCUGAAACGGUUCGGCCGACGUUGCUUACAGAGUUUAACUUGGUCUGUGAGCGAGAAAACUUGAACAGCAUUUCUCAGUCCAUUCUCAUGGCAGGUGUUCUCGCUGGAGCUGUGAUCUUUGGGCCGCUGAGCGACAGGAUCGGGAGCCGAAACAUGAUCUUGCUCGCUCUUCUCUUGAUGGGUUCCUUUGGCAUCGGGGCCGGCUUUGCGCCCAAUUUGUACGUCUACAUCGCCUUGAGAUUCGUUGUGGGUUCUGCUUUUGCUGGAAUCAGUAUCAGCAUGGCGGCUUUAAGUUCUGAGUGGGUUGGGGCUUCCUAUCGCCCCCUGGCGAUGAUCGUUACUCACUGUUGCAAUGCAAUGGGGCAGAUGACCCUGGCCGGCUUGGCGUACGGCAUUCGGGACUGGAGGCUGUACCAGAUCGUUGGCUCCGCCCCUGCGUUAUGUCUCUUCUUCUACAUAUGGGUCCUUCCCAGUUCUGCUCGAUGGCUCCUGACAAGAGGGAAGAUAGAGGAAGCCAAAAAGAUCAUUCGAAGGGCAGCCUCGAUCAACAACCGAAGCGUCUCAGAAGAAUUCCUCAACAAGCUGGCUCCUGAAAAGAAGGCCACAUCUGGAAAUAUCCUGGAUCUUUUUAGGAAGGCACACCUAAGGAAACCAAUUUUGAUUAUGGCCUGGAUCUGGUUUGUGGACAGUUUGGUGUACUAUGGAGUGAGCCUCCAAGUUGGAGAUUUCGGCCUGGACAUCUACAGGACCCAGCUGGUGUUUGGAGCCGUUGAACUACCAGCCCGGGCCUCCUGUAUCUUCCUGAUGGAGCGGCUGGGGAGGAAGAAGUGCCAGGCUGGUUGGCUUCUCCUGGCAGGCAUCGUAUGCCUGAUCAUCCCUGCUAUCCCCAAAACUGUCCCUGUUGCCGUAACUGUGCUGGCUGUUAUCGGAAAGGCCUCACUUGGGGCCUCCUUUUCAACCACCUACGUCUUCUCUGCAGAAGUCUUUCCCACAGUUGUCAGGCAGACCAGCUUAGGUUUGUGCUCCAUGUCGUCCAGAAUCGGUGGCAUCCUAGCUCCACUGGUUGGUCUUUUGGACAAGAUCCACCCUGCAAUUCCGAUGGUGCUACUCGGUGGCAUGGCACUGACUGGGGGGAUCCUCUGCUUCUUCCUUCCUGAGACGCGGAACCGAGAUCUUCUGGAUGACACAUCGGAAUCACCACCUAACCAGCUGUCCAAGAAGGCAGUCCAUAACGGUGUAGAAAACAGACCCGUGGAAGAGAACGAUGGAAACCGGAUUGCAGAGACGGCCACGAGUACAUACUUCUAGCGACGCGAUCAAAUCUCCUGGCUUUGAAAAGAAAGAUCGAACUUUUUUGUAGAAAAUCAAGAACUUUAUUGGCAAAUAUUCUGGGUAUCCUUCUCGAUUCGUGUACAAAAAGGUAGAUCUCCCCAGGAUUUUUGGAAGCCUAGGUACAGUCCAGCAGGUCUGGAUUCAGCCAGAUUAUACUUGGGAGAUCCUUGAAUCCCACAACGUUUUCAGCCCUCUUUGCUUUGCACAUCCCCCAGUUCCCAAAUCAUGACUGCUGUUCCUUCAUGAAGAGUCCCUCGGAAUGGAGUUCAAUAAAGUAAUAUUUCCUCUUC